AUGGCCACAGCGAGCGCCUCCUCUCCCUUCCUCAAGCCCUUCGCUCUCAGAUACUCGGUGGGCUCCAGCCCGGGUCGUCAGAGACGCCACACGCUGCCGGCCAGCGAGUUCAGAAACCUGAGUCUCCAGGAUGCCAUCAGCGUCUUUGAAAUUGAACGUGAAGCUUUUAUUUCCGUCUCGGGAGAGUGCCCUUUGCACAUGGAUGAAGUGAGACACUUUCUCGAGCUGUGUCCGGAGCUGUCGCUGGGCUGGUUUGAGGAGGGCAGACUAGUAGCCUUUGUCAUUGGCUCGGGAUGGGACAAGGAGAAACUUUCACAGGAUGCCUUGACCAUUCACGUUCCGGACGCUCCCACCGUCCACAUCCAUGUGCUGGCCGUCCACCACAAGUGCCGUCAGCAGGGGAAAGGCUCCAUCAUCCUGUGGCGGUACUUGCAGUAUCUACGGUGCCUGGCCAUGGUCAAGCGGGCCGUCCUCAUGUGCGAGGACUUCCUGAUCCCUUUCUACCAGAAAGCCGGCUUCAAGGACAUCGGACCGUCCGGCGUGGCGGUGGGCCCGUUAACGUUCACCGAGAUGGAAUACACGCUCGGAGGAGGAGCUUACCUGCGCAGAAAUAGCGGCUGCUAA